AUGCAGCAAAAUUUAGAAACAUUUGAAAAAACACUUAAUGCAGCACGUAUAUUCGAAUCUGUCCUCAUUCAAGGUUUAAAUGAUAGAAAUAAUUUAUCAGAUGAAUUAGCUGUUAUGAAAAUUCAAAAACAUAAUAAAAACGUUAAGAGUUUUCAUCAUAAGUUGCUUUGUUCAAGUUGUGGUCCUAAUGAUCAUCCACGAUCACAAUGCCGUUUUCGUCAUGUCACCUGUCAUAAAUUUUCUGUUAUAUAUGAACAACAUCAUGAUAUACAGCCUAUACAUGUUGUUAUUAAAAUUGAUGGUUUCGAUGUUCUAUUUGAUCUCGAUACAGGUUCUCCUAUCACCAUCAUUAAUGAGAAUUUAUGGAUUAAGAUGGGAAAACGAAGGUUAAAACGUAUUAAAUCAGUCUAUAAUAGUUUUUCAGGUCAUUCAAUUCCUUUAAAAGAAGAGAAAAUUGUUAAAGUGAAUUACAAUGAUCGGGAACGUGACUUAUAA